AUGGCUGCAGGUCCCCGUGACCAAUAUUUCCAGCCCAACCAGUCCUAUCACCAACCAGACAACUAUCACAAUUCUCGCUCUUUGUCACUUCAAGCUCGCUUCGAUGGCCCCACUACUGAAACGCCCGGCACUCUAAAGCACUCCUCAUUGCACGGGCGACCCGGCCUAAGCUUCAACCCUCCCAGCCCCCAGUUUCAUGCGAAGAGAAGGCAGAACGGAUUCCCAGAUCGCCCUGAUGUGAAAAGAACCAUGCCAUCAAGUCUGGCAUAUUCUGGAAGAAAUAGAAAUGAAAAUGCUCCCUCACUGAACACCAACGGCACUCCGGGGACUGACAACAAGUCUCUAAUGGAUGAGGGUCGCCCCAAAAACGAGGAUAUAUUCCUGAACAUAGCGAGAGACCCUGAUCAUCGUGGCUCUGGUCAUCGUGACUCUAUCGGUCGCUCUGAUUUCAGACGGUCACGCCUGGGAUAUUCUAGCCAGAGUCUACGGUCGCCAACUAUUGAUCAAACCCCCUCACCCGACCAGCGAUACAGCAAUGUCGACAACCCCUUGCUUUCUCAACAUGAUUCUCCUACUACCCCCUACAGCUCCCACACGGCGUCAUCCGCCCAUCCGCUAGAUGAUGCGAAUCGUUUCCGCUAUAAUAGUUUGGGAUCUGGCGCGCGAUCAACCGUCGGAGUACCACGAAGUCGCUUCAGCCGUACGAGUCCUGAGACUUCCCCGCGGGCACCCUCCGUUGUUGACGAUCGUCGCUCCUCCAUGCAUGACCCGCGACACCGCCAUUCCGGAAUUUCUACAAUCAGAGGCAGUCGCCAGCCAUCUACAUCCGAAGCGACAGAACGAGCGCGUGCUGACACUGAACGAUCGCGGCCAGAUGGAACCGAGUCAACAUUGUCGACUACAGCGCCAUCCACGGUCUGGGACGAGCUAGACGAUCUCAAAGACCGCAUCAAAAAACUAGAAUUGACAGGGAAGCUGCCUCCAUCUUCUUCCGCAGCGAUGUACAGUCCUUCCAACGAGCGACCGCGCACUGCAAAUACUGCCAUUACCACCCUAUCCUCCUCGCCCAGGUACCACCGCAAGGCAAGCAUCUCGGCUGCAGACACCGACUCCAGCCAUAGCCAGGUGCAGCCCAUUCUGCAGUCUGCGCUGGCUAAGGCAAGAGCGGUCUUGAGCGGUGAGGUGUACACUUCCCUCGAAGCAACAAUUACAGAUGCCUUGACUCUCACCUCUGCGUUGGGCGCCAAUGGCGCCACAUCGGGUAGCAUGUCUGUCGUGAAUGGGGGAUACAGCUCACCCGAAAGGCACGCCCGCCGCAAAGCCGACAGUGUGUGUCGAAGCCUGACAGAGCUUUGCCUGGCCUUGACAGAUGAGCAAUUGAAGAAUCAUCGGCCAUCUUCGAGCCGCGAACCUGCCACGCAGCCCCAGUUGAAUGGCACGGAUACCAAUUCUCGGAUAUCCAUGCCAACGCAUAAACGAAAUGCGACACAGGAGCCAGAGCCGGAAGGAAUCGAGCGACGUCAUAGCACAACUCGCAUUUCCAGUCGUCUUGAUGCACGUCGAACAUCCAUGGUCAACACCAGUCCCGGAAACUUGGCGGAAAUAAAGCAAAGCCCAACUCAAUCUCCCGGCAUUCCUACUCCAACCACCCGACUGAAUCGCGCGUCAACCUCUCUCCGUAGCCGCAGACUAACACUGGGCGAGGUUAACGGUGACGCAACGAGUCCGCAUAGCCGUUCAAUAUCCAGAGCAAACACAGAGAUCGCAACACCACUCUCGACCCCAGGAACCCACCGCCAACGCUUCUCCUCCGGCGCAACGCCAGACCAAGGAACAAUCGGCAUAUCUCCCCGUUCCCCACAAUACCAACAAUCCCAAGUCCCGCAACCACAACCCCAACCCAGAACACCCACCCUCUCAUCCAACCUCUCCUUCCGCAGAAGCUACAUCGGCCCAGCAACCUACACACCCACUACAUCCCGUUCAAACAUCCAAGCUGGAUCCCGCCGCUACGGCCUCACACCAAGCUUCUCCUCGAAUAACAUCCAAGCCGACGAACCCCCCAGAACACCACUGGAAACGAGGAUCUCAACUUCAAACAAAAUGGCAACGAGCUACACCCCUAUCCAACAACCACGAUUGCGGACGAAUAGUCUCGACGCGCGCAGAUUCGGCCUGCGCAAUCGCGCCCCCACAACAACAACAACACCCAAUAAUACCAACCUGGAUGAUAGUAUUGAUUAA